GUUUUACUCACAAGGCAAGUUGGGCCAGCUGGUUAGGAUUUCCUUGCUGGGGAGCUGGGGAGAGUGCUACCCGGUGGGGUCUAGGGCAGUGCCUCCGUGGUGAAGAGAGAAGUUUUUAAAUGUCUGCCUUCCUAAAACUACUCUCCCUGCAUCUCAGAAGCACCCAGCUGGUGUGUAUCCUCCAGAAUAGCAAAUCCAGUUAUCUGUCUCCCUAUUCUCUGAUAUAUUUAUAAAGUAAUGAAUGGUCCAUUAACUAAGUUAGGGCCUCUGUCUUUCUACAGUCACCUCUUCACGUGCAUCCCUCAGCAGGAGGUUGUUGACGUGGGCUGCAGCCUUCCAGCCUCAAUUCCCUCCCUUCACCACCUCCCCUACUCUUCUCCCUCUCCCGCCCCUCCCCGGGUUAUUUGGGAGAUUAGAGUUCAUUAAUUAAAUCCUGUGCUUAGAUCGAACUGUAACAUUAUUCCAAUCACAUUUAUCUUGCAGGCGGCGGAGGAGAUGGCAGCCUCGCUGGAAACGCGCGGGGGAGCUUGAGAUCGCAGCCCCAGACGCACAGCGCUGCGCACUCCCUAUCCUCCCGAUCAGCACCGCAGCGCAGACCCUCCAUCUUCCUGCUCAGCUUCCCCGCCCGCUCACCCCAGCCUUGAGGGUCCCAUUUCUCUCUGGGGCCCUGGCCCAUCCCCACACCUCCUCCUGCCUCUGUGGCUCCCCGACCCGGUCCCCUCCCCCCAGCCCCGCCACACACGCUGACACGCGCGAGAACACACACGCCUGACACGCCAGCGAGCUGCUGGCUGCUCAAUGGACCGAUUUCCCCGCUGUUCCUGAUCCCAGCCCAGCCCAGCCCGGGAUGAGAAAUUGCAAAAUGGCCCGGGUCGCCAGUGUGCUGGGGCUGGUCAUGCUCAGUGUUGCCCUGCUGAUUUUAUCGCUCAUCAGCUACGUAUCCCUGAAAAAGGAGAACAUCUUCACCACUUCCAAGUACGCCAGCCCGGGGGCGCCCCGAAUGUACAUGCUCCACGCGGGAUUCCGGUCACAAUUUGCGCUGAAGUUUCUAAAUCCGUCAUUUGUGCCCAUUACGAAUUCUCUGGCCCACGAUCUUCAAGACAAACCUUCUAAGUGGACAUUUAAUCGGACAGCGUUUUUACAUCAAAGGCAAGAAAUUCUUCAGCAUGUCGAUGUAAUAAAAAAUUUUUCUUUGACCAAGAAUAGUGUUCGGAUCGGACAACUGAUGCACUAUGAUUAUUCCAACCAUAAAUAUGUUUUCUCUAUUAGCAAUAACUUCCGAUCACUGCUUCCAGAUGUGUCACCCAUUGUGAAUAAGCAUUAUAAUGUUUGUGCUGUGGUUGGAAAUAGUGGGAUCCUGACAGGGAGCCGGUGUGGACAAGAAAUAGAUAAGUCAGAUUUUGUUUUCCGUUGCAAUUUCGCCCCUACGGAGGCUUUCCAAAGAGAUGUUGGAAGGAAAACCAACCUUACCACCUUCAACCCCAGCAUCCUGGAAAAAUAUUACAACAAUCUUUUGACCAUUCAGGACCGUAACAACUUUUUCCUCAGUUUAAAAAAGCUCGAUGGGGCCAUUCUUUGGAUCCCUGCAUUUUUCUUCCACACUUCAGCAACUGUUACCAGGACAUUAGUUGACUUUUUUGUUGAACACAGAGGUCAGUUAAAAGUCCAAUUGGCUUGGCCUGGGAAUAUAAUGCAACAUGUCAACAGGUACUGGAAAAACAAACAUUUGUCGCCCAAACGGCUGAGCACAGGUAUUCUUAUGUACACCCUUGCAUCAGCAAUAUGUGAAGAGAUCCACUUGUAUGGAUUUUGGCCUUUUGGAUUUGACCCCAACACAAGGGAAGAUCUUCCAUACCAUUACUAUGACAAAAAAGGAACCAAAUUUACCACCAAGUGGCAGGAGUCCCACCAGCUGCCUGCUGAGUUUCAACUGCUGUACCGAAUGCAUGGGGAAGGGCUCACCAAGCUGACUCUGUCACACUGUGCCUAAGAACUCCAAACAGAAAGUGCCAAAUGGUGGUUUAAAAAGUGCCCCAAAUCAAAUUGAAUAGUCAUCAGAAUAAAACCCUAGAGAAUUUCUUAUAAGGACUGUCUGCCAUUUAAAAGGAAAGAUGUCUCCUCUCCCUCUGUUGCACUGCUCUCUUAAGGGUCUUAGCAGGACAGAUGCAUUGAAGCCACAUGAUUAAAACCUGAAUGAUAAAUGGAAUGUUGCAUUUGGAACCAUGCUGCUAACAAAUGGUUUGACGUAUUUUCCUGUUUGUAUUUUAAUAAUAAACUGCCUCCCAUUUUUAUGAGGACUGGAGCUGGAGUUUCUGCAGCUUUGCUCAAGAUAUAGUGCUCAUAAUGACAGGCCUCUGGUCAACUUGGGCAGGAUUUCAUUUUUUCCUGUGUGGGAUCGGACUCUUCAAAAUGGAAACAUAAAAAAUUGUUAUGCAUAUCUCAUCUCUCCAUCUCUAUCCUCCUCUUUCCCUCUUUCCCUCUCUCCCUCUAUCUCUAUGUCUCUCCUUUUCCCCACUGCCAUGGAGUGUAAUAAUUUGCUGGGCAUCAUAGUGAAUUAGUUUUGCUUGCAUAUGUUGCAUCUGUAUUUGAUGUGUUCAAAGCUCUGGGUAACUUUGAUGUUUCAUGACAAACUGAGCAAAUCAUGAUGGAUCUCGUUAUGAUUACUUUGAUAAGAAAUGCCUCUUAUGAAGUUCUCACUAUCGAGACAGUCUUUCUACAGCAGAGUGGUCCAUCUGUGGCAAGUGUCAUAUAAUGCAGUGCAUCUUUUACUAUGACAGAGAAAGCCUAUGUCUUGGGUGGCAUGGCCACUUGUCAUGAGUGCUAUUAUGGCAAAUCAUUCUGUUGCCACAUCUGCAAGGGCAUUCCAGCCUGGGUUUAGUGCCUCUCACAAUCCCAAUUCAAGCACUGGGCUGGGAAUACUCUCAGAAUAUAGAAGCAAUGAGUCAACUUAAGAGUCUGGGACAUAGAGAAAGAAGAAUGCUUAGAAGUUUUCAUGGACCCCGUAUACCUUAAAGUGUUGUAACCAUGUUGCCCAUUCAGAGCCUUUGAGAACCAGCAAGAUUUGAGCAAAGUAGAAGCUUCAAGGUUGGCCAGGCUCCCAUUUGAAUAGUGCUCAGGUGAGAUCAACUUCACCAUCAUUGUGUCCACCAGCACUGCUCCAGAACCAUUUUCUCUCUUCAAGACAAUUGUAGACACUGGAUAUUCCCCCUUCCCACUGAAAUCAGAUCUAUACAUCUACAGAUCAAGUAUUUCAAAAUGAAAAGCCAUUGUGCAGUGGCAAAAUCUGGUACUAAAUAACUCUUGGAAUUUGAGAUGUGCAGACUUGCCAUGAAGAAAUUAGUGAGCCAUUCUCUUUUUCAUUAUUUCAGCCUUAGAAGUAGAAAUCACAUCACUUCCACCCGUGGCUUUUCACUGGGCAGCAUUUUGUUCUUCCAAUUCAGCCCAAAGUCUGGCCAAGUUGAUGUUAAAUUUUAAUAAGAAUUUCUUUCUUCUUUCCAAAUGCCAGUCAAGCAUAUUUAUAAUACAUUUGGGUGGGGUAGCUUGUUCUUUUCCAGAAAUCUCAUUUAGAUUUCUUGCAAUGUUACAAAUACUGUUGAAAAGAAUUGCUGUAGUUCAGUAAUCGAUCAGCUCACUACCCCAGCCCCUUUGGGAAAGUAUAAUCAUGCCUAAAAUUAAACCAAAUACAAUAUGGAAA